GUUCCCUUGUUGGAACAGCAGAAUCAAGAAGUGAUGUGGCCCUUCAGCCUGCUCCUCUUCUGGGGGUGUUGUGGUAUAUACAGCUGGAAAAUGCAUGUAGUAUCCACCGUGGCUACCACGACAGCGGAUGUGAAUGAGUGUGCUGACACCACUGCAUGCCCAGCUUAUGCCACUUGCACCAACACCAUGGAGAGUUACUAUUGCAGUUGCAAAAAUGGCUUCCUGUCCAGUAAUGGACAGAGUCACUUCAAAGGUCCAGGAGUAAAAUGCACAGAUAUUGAUGAGUGUUCUCAAAGUUCCCCCAAAUGUGGUCCUAACUCAGUCUGCAGAAACAUGCUGGGGAGGUACAAAUGUAGCUGUUUUCUUGGUUUCUAUUCUCCCACUGGAAAUGACUGGACCCCAGAAAAGCCAGGCAGUUUUGCCUGCACAGACAUUGAUGAGUGUCUCUCCAGCGGGGUCUGCCCUGAGCAUUCUGACUGUGUCAACUCCAUGGGAAGCUACAGUUGCAGCUGCCAAGUUGGAUUCAUCUCUAGCAAUUCUAUCUGUGAAGAUAUUGAUGAGUGUAUUGUCAAAAUGUGCCCUGCGAAUGCAACAUGCACCAAUACUCCUGGGAGCUACUUUUGCACCUGCCAUCCUGGCUUUGCACCAAGCAGUGGACAGCUGGAUUUCACAGACCAAGCAGUGGAAUGUAGAGAUAUUGAUGAGUGCUUCCAAGAUCCAUCACCAUGUGGUCCAAAUUCUGUCUGCACCAAUACCCUGGGAUCCUACAGCUGUAGCUGCACUGUGGGCUUUCGUCCCAACCCAGAAGGAUUCCAGAAAUAUGGCAACUUCAGCUGUAAAAGACUUCCCUUCAAGUGUAAGGAAGAUGUGAUACCCAGUCAUGAACAGGUCCAGCAGUGCCCACAGGGGGCAGCAGUAAAGCCUGAAUAUGGUUCCUUUUGUGCACUGAUAAAGGACACCUUCCACAUUCUGGACAAUGUGUGUGAAAACAAAACUGCUGUGGUUCCUCUGAAGAGUACGGCUGAGAGCUUAUCCUCUGUGCUUGAACAAAUAUCUACAUGGUCCAGAUUCACCAAAGAAGAGACGUCCACCCUGGGUAGAGUCCUACUGGAGAGUGUGGAAAGCACCACAUUGGCAGCUCUUCUGAACCCUUCAGCGAACGUCAGUGAGACUAUUCAGACAGAAUACCUGGAUAUCGAGAGCAAAGUUAUCAAUGAUGAAUGCACUGAAGAGAAUGUAGUCUUUAAUCUGAAAGCCAAGGGGGAUGAGAUGAAGAUUGGGUGUUCCACAAUUGCAGAAUCAGAAUCCACAGGGACUGCUGGAGUGGCUUUUGUCUCCUUUGUGGGCAUGGAGUCUGCUUUAGAUGAGCAUUUCUUCCAAGACCUCCAGACCCCCUUGGGCAACUCCUGGAGGAAGCUGAAGAUGAAUUCCCGGGUCAUUGGGGGCAUCGUGACUGGGGAAAGGAAAGAUGACUUCUCAGCUCCCAUCAUCUACACUCUGGAGAACAUCCAGCCAAAGGGGGAGUCAGAGAGGCCCAUCUGCGUUUCUUGGAGCACAGAUGCUGAGGGCGGGAGAUGGACGCCCUCUGGCUGUGUGACCCUGAAAGCUUCUGAGAUGCACACUGUCUGUGGCUGUAAUCGGGUGGCGAAUCUUGCCGUCAUCAUGGCUUCUGGGGAACUCACGGUGGAGUUCUCCUUGUAUGUCAUUAGCCAUGUGGGCAUGAUCAUCUCCCUGGUGUGCCUCAUCUUGGCCAUUGCCACCUUCUUGCUGUGUCGCUCCAUUCGAAACCGUAACACCUACAUCCACCUACACCUCUGUGUGUGCCUCUUCUUGGCCAAGAGUCUCUUCCUUGCUGGCAUAGGCAAGACAGACAACAAGAUGGGCUGUGCCAUCAUCGCAGGCUUUCUGCACUACCUUUUCCUUGCCUGCUUCUUCUGGAUGCUGGUGGAGGCGGUGAUGCUCUUCUUGAUGGUCAGGAACCUGAAGGUGGUGAAUUACUUCAGCUCCCGCAACAUCAAGAUGCUGCACCUCUGUUCCUUUGGCUAUGGACUCCCAGGGCUGGUGGUGCUUAUCUCAGCCACUGUGCAGUCAUGGGACUAUGGGACAAAUAAUCGCUGCUGGCUGAAUACAGAGACAGGGUUCAUCUGGAGUUUCUUGGGGCCAGUUUGCACAAUUAUAACGGUCAACUGCAUCCUCCUGACCUGGGCCUUGUACAUCCUGAGAAAGAAGCUUUCCAGUGUCAAUGCUGACGUGUCGACACUGAAAGACACCAGGUUACUGACCUUCAAGGCCUUUGCUCAGCUCUUUGUCCUGGGCUGCACCUGGGUGUUGGGCAUUUUCCAGAUUGGGCCCAUAGCAAGUGUCAUGGCCUACCUGUUCACCAUCACCAACAGCCUUCAAGGGGCCUUCAUCUUCCUCAUUCACUGUCUGCUCAACCACCAGGUACGAGAAGAAUACAGGAGGUGGAUCACUGGGAAGACCAAGCCCAGCUCCCAGUCCCAGACCUCAAGGAUCUUACUGUCCUCCCUACCGUCCACAUCCAAGAUGGGUUAAAGUCCAUUCUUGCUCUCAUAUACACUAUGGAGUAAUAGUUGAAGACAGUAGAUGCCUACUCUGAAAUCUCUUUGCAGCUUAACAUGGAAGUGCUAGAUCCCAGCAGCCCCAGAACUCCCUCAUGAUUCAGAGCCUGCACGUCUGGGCUGGUUUCUCAUGGUUUUAUGCCCAGUGGGGAGAAGCAAGGCUUUCUGCCUCAAAGGACCGUGUUGUCUCCUGGAUCAUGCAUCUCUGUGAAUUUCCUGACUUUGGGGAAACAACAGGUCCAGUUCAAUGGCAUGACCAUGACAACUGGCAUCCAGGCUGUUUCUCUUGCACUUGUUGGUGUGUGGUUCCCAGUCUGUCUUCCAGCGUCUGUCAGUACUUGGCUCAGAGCAGCUCUCAAUAAAUGAUUGUCGUCUGUCUGACUGAGGUACGCUGGGCCAGGGAUUCUUCCUGCUUUUAAAUAAAUGGUCAGCAAAACUAUACUGAGAGUCCCCAGGAACCAUAGAGCUCAUGGACACAAAGGCUACUGUGGCACAAACU